CUCCCACCCCGCCCCCUCCCCAAACUCCAAAAAAAAAAAAAAAAUCCCAAAAUACACUGCCACCCACCGUGCCCCCGCGCCCCGCGUCCAACCCGUCCCCGGCCUGCUUGCGGUGAGCGCGGGGAGCCCACGGCGAGUGUCUGUGGCUGUGCCAGGCUGCAGGACUGGCGUGCCCCUGAUCAGAGUUAUUCUGAUCUGAAGAAUUUGGUGUUUAAAGCAUUAAGAUAAUAGCCUGAGUUGUUCAUGGAGUUUUUCAUCAGUAUGUCUGAAACCAUUAAAUAUAAUGACGAUGAUCAUAAAACUCUGUUUCUGAAAACACUAAACGAACAACGCCUGGAAGGAGAAUUCUGUGAUAUUGCUAUUGUGGUUGAAGAUGUGAAAUUCAGAGCACACAGGUGUGUUCUUGCCGCCUGUAGCACCUACUUUAAAAAGCUUUUCAAGAAGCUUGAGGUUGAUAGCUCUUCAGUAAUAGAAAUAGAUUUUCUUCGUUCUGAUAUAUUUGAAGAGGUCCUGAACUACAUGUACACAGCAAAGAUUUCUGUGAAAAAAGAGGAUGUUAACUUAAUGAUGUCAUCAGGUCAGAUUCUCGGUAUCCGAUUUUUAGAUAAACUCUGUUCUCAGAAGCGUGAUGUAUCUAGUCCUGACGAAAACAACGGCCAAUCGAAAAGUAAGUAUUGCCUCAAAAUAAAUCGCCCCAUUGGAGAUGCUGCUGACACUCAGGAUGAUGACGUGGAAGAAAUUGGAGACCAGGAUGACAGUCCCUCUGAUGACACGGUAGAAGGCACCCCCCCGAGUCAGGAGGACGGCAAGUCGCCUACGACGACGCUCAGGGUUCAGGAAGCAAUCCUGAAAGAGCUGGGGAGUGAGGAAGUUCGGAAGGUUAAUUGCUACGGCCAGGAAGUAGAAUCCAUGGAGACCCCAGAAUCGAAAGAUUUGGGGUCCCAGACCCCUCAAGCCUUAACAUUUAAUGAUGGAAUGAGUGAAGUGAAGGACGAACAGACUCCAGGCUGGACGACGGCGGCCAGCGACAUGAAGUUCGAGUACUUGCUUUAUGGCCACCAUCGGGAGCAGAUCGCCUGCCAGGCGUGCGGGAAGACCUUCUCCGACGAAGGCAGGUUGAGGAAGCAUGAAAAACUCCACACGGCCGAUAGGCCAUUUGUUUGUGAAAUGUGUACAAAAGGUUUUACCACACAGGCCCACCUGAAAGAACACCUCAAAAUCCACACGGGCUAUAAGCCAUACAGUUGUGAGGUGUGUGGAAAAUCCUUUAUCCGCGCCCCGGACUUGAAGAAGCACGAGAGAGUGCACAGCAAUGAGAGACCAUUUGCCUGCCACAUGUGUGACAAAGCCUUCAAACACAAGUCCCACCUCAAAGACCACGAACGAAGACACAGAGGGGAAAAGCCUUUUGUCUGCGGCUCCUGCACCAAGGCGUUUGCCAAGGCGUCUGAUCUGAAAAGGCAUGAGAACAAUAUGCACAGUGAGAGGAAGCAGGUCACCCCCAGUGCCAUCCAGAGCGAGACAGAACAGUUGCAGGCGGCAGCGAUGGCCGCCGAAGCGGAGCAGCAGUUGGAGACGAUCGCCUGUAGCUAGAGGUCACAGGACAGGACUGCUUUGCCUGAGCCCCGGAGGCGGGACUGCACGGGUCCCAACACACGAGCGCCAGUCCCUGCAUUUCUGUGGAAACUUACGGAGCAUUGUACUCACUGGACUUAAGGCAGUGCUUGGUUAGGUAUUUUGCAAACUUUGCAAGGAAAUAGUGUUCCUUGGUUCUGACCAAACAGUCUCACUGUCCCGUCUGGUGUCUGGUAGUGAUGUUGCCAGUAAGCCCUCCCCCCCCCCGCCCCCCUCUUUUUUUAUGAUUUUAAUUUGAGAACUCCUGUGUCCAGUUCAGAAGUAAGAGACUUCUAUUCCAGUUUUUGUAAUUCCUCUCUACACUUGCUGACUGGCAAGUGUACUGCACAGAGCGAUAAUUGAGUAAAUUGAUUUCCUAAUCAUCAUGAUUCUAUGGGACUUAGGGUCAAAACAGCAUUUUUAAUAACUCGAUAAAAGUACUUCAUGCAGAUGCAGAAAAUACUGGUGGGUGGCUGACCAAGAACACUGCGCAGAUAGGAAAACAAGUUCCAGAAUUGCAGAACGGUAUUGGAUUUAUAUUUGGUUUGUUAAUUUUAUAUCACUGUUUUUCACUGUUGUUGUGGACAAAUGAUGGUUGCUUUGCUAGUGUUUCUUCAUUUUGAUUGCCCACACCUACCCCAAAAGAUGGAGUCACAAGUCCUGAACAGAGGCUGAGCAAACCCACAGGGAUGAUGGUGGUCUGGGGGCUGAGUUCUUUUUGUUCCUCUUUUUUGGGGUAUUGCCACUCUGCAACAGAUGCGGUUUCUGGGGUAGACCAGUUGUUAGAGGGAUAGCAAAGGGGGAAUAGGAUCCUGGCUCUCAGGGAUGAGGUUUUCAUGUUUGCAACAGUUCCAAGGUUUUCUAGAUCAAAAUAAUUCUUAAUUGAUUUUGAAAUUGGAUUUUUAUUUAGGAUCAAAAUUAGGACAAGAACAGGUAUGCUUCUUCAGAUACAUUUGUGUCACUUAAGAGAAUGUCAUCAAGCUUUUGGGCUCUCUGCAGCACGUGUUUAUCCACAAAGGAGAUGUAAUAUUGUUGCUUAAAUUAAUAAAUUGAAAAUCUUUUUAAGUGUGUAAAUAGUGUAGAAGUGUUGGUCUUAUGUAUUUCAAGUAAAAGUAGACAGCUGCACCUUUUUUUUGCACAUUGGAUUAAAAUAAUUUCCAUGAGCAACAAACAUCGGUCUGUUUUUUAACCAAUAUUAAAGAUUGUAAGACCAAAUGUUUAUUUUUUUGAAGUAUAUUUCAUCAUUGGUGGUUACAGUUUUAAGUAGAAUUUGAUUGCCAUUUCAUAGCCAUAAAGAGAAUUAUAAACACUGUUCCAAUUUUGGUGUAUGGAAACUUUUUUUAACCAUUUCUUUAGGAAUAUAUUGAAAUACCAAAAUAGUUUGAAUUACUUUCUGUAACAAAGUGUUAGUCAAUUAUUUUAGAAUGUACAAUUUUAGAAAAAUACCAUUUUUUAAAAAUUUUAUUUUUGAUUCCUAGAAUUUUUUUUCCAAGUUACAUUAAAAUAAUUUCAUUUCAUAGCUUGUUGCAUUAACACCUGUAAUUACUAUUGUGGGAGAAAUUUUAUUUUUAAAAUUGAUGUAUAUGUUAUGCCCAAGAUUGUAGGAUGAAGAUGCUACCUUUAAAGAGACUUAUUUAUUGGUAAAAUGUUUACUUUAGUUUAAAAUUAAUUUAAUUUCCUUUCUUUAAAGUUGUUUAUUCUGUCCUAAAAGUAGUCCUGUCUCUGUGUUUAUAU